AUGUCACCUUCGGAGCACACCAGGAGAGAUGCGCCCGUCGCUUGUGGAUCCUGCGACGAGAACCCUAAAAAUCCCAAUGAUCAAAUCCCCACUGGGUCUGCUGCCCACGCACAUGGUGUUGCAGCUUCAUUGAUUGAGGCUAACGCUGUCGAGAACCCAACGGGACCGCCCCGGGACGCGGAUGAGCACCAUCUCCAGGAAAUAUUCAACCUGUACACACAGACGGAAACACUAUCCCCUUCUCUUGCACCGCUUCGGGUCAAGAGCAAUAGCGAUAUACUCACCAAUUACACCCAGCAACAGUACCAAAACCCUUAUGGCCCGUGGUGUUGUGCAAGCAAGAAGCUCCGGAAACACCACGUUCGGACCCGAGAGCAACAAGUCAGGCGGGCCCCCGAACAUACCUCUCCGCCGCCCUCGGGUGCAGCAGCUUGCGCGGGAGGAAACAAGGCCGGCUUCGAGGAGUUCUUUACGAUCCGGCCAUCGAAGCUGGGCGGGCUGGGAGCGUUCGCGACGCACGAUCUCCGGAGAGGCGAGACCAUUCUGACGGAGCGCCCGCUGCUGCGGACGACACACUUCCGCCUCAUGCUGGACUACUACAACCUCUCUGACGCGGCCAAGAAGACUUACCUGAGCCUCCACGGCGGUGAGGACGGUGACCGCUUCGGCCGGGUCGAGCGGGUCAAGGUACUAAACUCGUUCCAGGUGCCCGGCGGCGUCGCAAUCUUCGAGAUCGCAUCGCGCUUCAACCACGCCUGCCCGCCGGCCCGGAACGUCCGGUACGCGUUCGACGACGAGAGCGGGGUGCUCUCGCUCACCGUCUGCCACGACGUGGCCCCGGCCGGGGCCGAGCUGCUCAUCAGCUACGGGGGCUCGCCGGCCGAGCUGUACUCGACCUACGGCUUCCGCUGCAGAUGCGGCGGCUGCACGCCGCUGACUGACGACGACAUCAGAACCCUGAGGUGCCGCCAGUUUGGCGCCGGAGACUGUAGCGACGAGUAUGAUGCCUCGGAAUGGUGA